AUGAGCAAACCAUCCAUCCUGCUUCCUGGCGACCAGGUCCCCUCCGAUGCGCUCCCCUCGACAACCUCAAACCCACUGAGACUGGGAUCUGGUGCACGUUUACUAUACAAAUCACACAACCCAAAAGCUUCGUCAUCAUCAAAUUCUCAUCAAAUCGUCGCCACACAGGCAGGCCUGCUGUCAACAGACGCCAAACGCAACACCGUCACAAUCCAAACGUUUCCCAAUCGACGCUACAUACCCACCGUCAACGACCUGGUUAUUGCCCAAGUGCACCGCUCAUCGCAGGAUUUCCAUCAUUGCAUCAUCUCGCCGCAUGCGCCGUUUGCUGUUCUGGGUCAGUUGGCGUUUGAAGGGGCCUCAAAGAAAACCCGACCAAACCUCAAACAGGGCGACCUCGUCUAUGCGCGUGUGCUCUCGGUGGGUGUUGGCGCUGGCACAGAAGUCGAGCUGACCUGCGUCAACCCGGCGACAGGGAAAGCUGAGCCUGGUGGGCUGGGUCCGUUGACGGGGGGUAUGGUGUUUGACGUUUCUACUGGAUUAGCUGCGCGGUUGAUGAAGGCGGGUGAGGCAGCGUCAGUGGUGGUGCUGGAGGAACUGGGCAAAAAGCUGGAAAGCAAAGGAGGGUUCGAAAUUGCUGUGGGCAGGAAUGGCAGAGUCUGGGUGGAUUGCUCUAGCAACAGCGAGAUUGGCGUUCGGGUUACCAUUGCUCUUGGGCAAUGCCUGCAGGAAUUGGAUCGGCGGCAUAAUCUGACUGCAGCAGAGCAGAGGAAGCUGGUUUCGCGGAUAUUACGAGAGUUGAAAAUUGAUGUUUAG